AUGGCGCCGCCGCAGAUCGACAGGGCCGAAUCGGACGCCGUCCUCCAGGAACUGCGCCGCCGGGAGGACGAGGACGACUGCGAGAACUUCCACCACUACGAGCUGGACGCCGAGCACCGCCUCAAGAAUCUCUUCUGGGCCGACGUCGACUCCCGCCUCGGCUACCUCUUCCACGGCGACGUCGUCGUCUUCGACACCACGUACCGGACCAACAAUUACGGCAUGCCGUUCGUCCCCUUCGUCGGGCUGAGCCACCACCGCACUCCCACGCUCUUCGGCUGCGGCAUCAUCUCCGACCAGUCCCUCGACUCGUGCGUCUGGCUGCUGCGCGUCUUCCUGACGCCCGUCCACGAGAGGCCCAAGUCGGUGAUCACCGACGGCGGCGACGCGGUGGUCGCGGCCGUCAAGAUCGUGCUCCCGGACUCCAACCACCGGAUCUGCUCGUGGCACGUGGAGCAGGCCAUCGAGGAGCACCUCCACGGCGCGUCGACCCGGAACGAGUUCAGGUCCCUGAUGUGCGACGCGUGCUCCCCGGCGGCGUUCGAGGAGCGGUGGUACGGAUUCAUGGCGAAGCACCGGACCGCCGGGAACCAGCGCUGGCUGGACGGCAUGUUCGUCCACGACAAGUUCUUCCUCGGUAUGGCGAGCGACCAGAGGGCGGAGUGCCUCGCCACGCGCCUGCACACGGGCCUCCACGGGGCCAUGUCGCUGCCCGACCUGCUGCGGCACGCCGACGCCUGCGCCUACGGCCUGCGCCGCGACAUCGCCGCGCUCGACGCCGAGGCCGACCGGUCCCGGGUGGAGCUCACCACCGGGCACCGGCGCCUGGAGGAGAGCGCCGCGCGCUGGUUCACGCCGGCCAACUUCUACCUCCUGCGCGAGGAGAUCAAGAUGAUCGACAGCUUCGAGGUCGUGGAGGCGAUGGCCAGGGGCCACCCGACGUUCGGGAAGAAGGUCUACACGGUGGUGUUCAGGCAGCGCCGGGGCGUGCUCUUCCACGUGGAGUGCUCCGCCGGCGAGGCCGUCAGGUGCAGCUGCCGGAAGAUGGAGCGCGAGGGCCUCCCCUGCCGGCACAUCCUGUGCGCGAUGCGCCACAACGGCUCGUCGCGGAUACCGGACUGCUGCGCGCUGGGGCGGAUGCGGCGGCGCGGCGACACCAAGUCCGAGAGGCUCGACGAGAUGGAGGAGCUGGGGCGCCAGGUGUUCGACCUGGCCUCGGAGGACGCCCAUGAGUUCAAGGAGUUCUUGGAAGGCUGGCUGGAUGACAGGAACGCAGGCCUUCGCGGCUCCGGCGCCAUUGAUGUAGUGGACAGCAACGCUGCAGAGGACGCGGACAGCGUCACGCCAGAGGCAAAGAAGACGAAAUUGAUCGAGGGCUGA